UCCCAACAUCGCCCGCUCUCUCCUCGCUGUUCUCCGCUGUCAUCUCCCCCGGAGAAGCGUGGCUCCUGUAGCCGGCCUCCUACCUGCCCCUCCUCCGCGCGCCGAGCACCAGACGACGCGACACGGCCGAGCACGGUCGCUGCUUCCGCGGCGGCGCCGCUCCACUCUCGUGCUGCAGCUAGCGGAACAGAGAUCCGUGGGGACAUGAACAGGGUUUCUCCUCUCUGUUGGUAUGAACUAAAUUGAUCGAUGGUCCUAUUGAAUAUAGAGCUACUAUUAUAUGGCAUAUUCUGUCAUGCAAAUGAUGGUGGUUGUAAGUUGUGAUUGAGGAACUCCAUUGUUUGAGAAAUGGAUGAAACACCAACUAGUUCUGGGCAAUCUGAAGAUAGUUCAUGUGAACCUAAUUGGUGGCCACCAGACUUAUUAGAGAAGAUAGAGUCUGCUUCCAUAUCAAGGAAACAUGAUGUUUUGGGUAAUCUAAGGUCCUCAUCCUGGAAGGCAUCACAAUUACUGUGGUCAACAGGAUCUUAUUCAGGGUUAAUCCCUAAUGGUUUCUAUUCAAUCAUCCCGGAUAAAAAGUUGAAGGAGACUUUCCCAACAAUUCCAUCGGUAGAUGACCUGCAAACUCUUGAAGCAGAUGGGCUUAAGGCUGACAUAAUUAUUGUAGACACUGAGAGGGAUAAGAAGGUUUUCAUGUUGAAGCAGCUUAGUGCUGCACUUGUGAAAGGGUUAAGCUCUAGCCCAGCAUUAGUGAUAAAGAAAAUAGCAGGUUUGGUUUUUGACUGCUUCAAGCGACAAAAUCCUGACGCCAGUCCAGCAAAAGGCUCGAUUGAAGAUACUCAUUUCUUUGGAUAUAAAGGACCACAACUUCUAGGGCAGAUAAGACAUGGAUCAUGCCGACCUCGAGCUAUUCUAUUUAAAGUUCUUGCAGAUGCUGUUGGCCUUGAGAGUAAACUUGUAGUUGGUCUACCUGAUGACGGUGCCGUUGGAUUUGUGGACUCCUACAAACAUAUGUCUGUGGUAGUUUCGCUAAACUCUAUGGAACUGCUAGUGGAUCUUAUGCGAUUUCCAGGCCAGUUGAUUCCAUUUUCAGCUAAGGCUAUCUUUAUAUCGCAUAUAUCUGCUGCGGGUGAAAGUGACUCAGCUGAAAAUGACUCCUGUGAUUCUCCCCUUGAGCCCAACAGCCCUCUGUAUGGAUUGUCUGAUAAAGUUGAAACUGAAGGAAUUGAAUCUUCAUCAAAUCUAUCUGGACGAUCACUGCGUAAUAUGAUGUUGAGAUCAAGGACAUUUUCUGAGGGGAAAUUAAGCACGUCAUGUAGUGAACCGAAUAUAGCGAAUGCCUUUUGGAGGCACAGUCAAAGGAGAGGAGUUGCCGAGGAACCCCGUGGUGCUAGUUCCAGUCCUGAGCAUCCAUUAAUGAGAGCAAGGGGAAGAUCUAUACUUGGUGGUGAGAAGCAAUCAUUUCAAGAAUACACAGAAUCUGGAGCUGCUUCAAGAUCAGAUGGUCUUGGGGGCACUUCAACCUCUAAUGCUCGAAGAAUAAGGCGUAGAAGCAUUAGCAUCACCCCUGAGAUUGGAGAUGACAUUGUGAGGGCAGUUCGGGCUAUGAACGAAACACUAAAGCAAAAUCGCCUUCAAAGGGAUCAUGUCGAAGGUUCAUGCUCAUAUGUUACGGAAGACCAAAGCAACGCCAAUGACUGCCCAAAUAAAGAUGAUGCAUCUCGGAUAAUUGGUGCUACUGACAGUGACUCAAGAAACCGAACUGGUCCUACUCAAAAGGCCAUGUCAUUGCCUUCUUCGCCUCAUGAAUAUAGGGGUCAAGAUACCCAAAAAGGUGAUGAUUUUAUAAGUAAAGAGAAGAUGGCAUUGGCAUGGAACAAAGUUUUCCAGAGCUCCCCAUUUCUUAACAAGCCCUUGCUGCCGUUUGAGGAAUGGAACAUAGAUUUCUCUGAGAUAACAAUUGGCACGCGGGUUGGAAUAGGAUUCUUCGGAGAAGUUUUCCGUGGUAUAUGGAAUGGAACCGAUGUUGCCAUCAAAGUAUUUCUAGAACAGGACUUGACAACUGAAAACAUGGAAGAUUUUUGCAACGAGAUAUACAUCCUGAGCCGGUUGCGACAUCCAAACGUUAUAUUGUUUCUUGGUGCAUGCAUUACACCUCCACACUUGUCAAUGGUUACUGAAUAUAUGGAAAUGGGAUCACUGUAUUAUCUCAUCCAUAUGAGUGGUCAGAAAAAGAAACUUAGUUGGCGUAGGAGGUUGAAAAUUAUUCGUGAUAUAUGCAGGGGGUUGAUGUGCAUACACCGCAUGAAGAUAGUUCACAGGGAUCUCAAAAGUGCAAACUGCCUGGUGAACAAACAUUGGACUGUUAAGAUAUGUGACUUUGGUCUAUCUCGAGUGAUGAUUGAUAGUCCUAUGACUGAUAAUUCCUCUGCUGGCACCCCGGAAUGGAUGGCCCCUGAGCUUAUACGGAAUGAACCUUUUACAGAGAAAUGUGAUAUAUUCAGCCUUGGUGUUAUCAUGUGGGAGCUGUGCACAUUGAGUCGCCCAUGGGAAGGCAUCUCCCCAGUUCAAGUGGUGUACGCAGUUGCUAAUGAAGGUUCGCGGCUUGAGAUUCCUGAAGGACCUCUCGGCAGGUUGAUUGCAGAUUGCUGGGCAGAGCCUGAGAAUCGGCCGAGCUGCCAGGAGAUCCUAACCCGUUUGCUGGACUGCGAAUACACUGUCAGCUGAAAUGGAAGCUGCUCGCUCGUCCACUCAAUUCCUGCACAGGUGGAAACAUUUCUUGUAUAAAACCUGUAAAAAAGGCUGCCGAUUCUGCGGACUUGAGGUCACAUAUCGAAGCGCUGUGUUUUUUUUUAAACAAUGGCGACCCUUUCUCAAAAAAAAUGUAAAAAUGAUUCCCUGGUUAUAGAAGAACAUGUCUGAUUCGAUAGACGUGCCUUGCAUCGCAGGGCAAGCUGGUUGUUGUACCUUAUUCUAGAUAAGUAGCACGCCCGCGAAUGCUGUUCGGCUUUCAAAUAGCUGCAGCU